GAGAGAGAACUCACUGUUUUUGUUAUUCUAAGUGUAAGCAAGAAAAAAGAGAAGGGCAUGGUUAAGGAGGCUAAAGCUCAAGCAAAAGUUAGGGUUGGAAUUGAAACCCUUUGGAAAGCUUUGGUUAAAGACUUGAGAUUUAUCAUUCCAAAGCUCAUGCCUAACACCGUUGAAAAAAUUGAGCUCAUUCAUGGAAAUGGUGGCCUUGGCUCUGUCUUCCUCUUCCAUCUUGGCCGUGGUGUGAAGAUUGUGAAAAUCCAGAAGGAAAGGAUUGUAGAACUUGAUGAGACAAAACAUGAAUUUGGGCUAGAAGUGAUGGAAGGAAUUCUCUUAAAAAGAGGAUUUUCUUCUUUUAAGACAACAUUUAAGCUUUCUUCCAUGAAAGAGAAAGAAACCCUAGUAGAUGUCAAGGUUGUUUAUGGGACUGAAAGAGAUGAUGAAGAUGAAGUUCACAUGGAAGAAGUGGCAACUAAGCCAGCUCUUUCUUUUCUCCAACUCUUGGAAAAGUUUCUUAUUGAUUCAUCUUCUUAAUUAAAAAAAAAAAAAAUCUCUUGUUUAGUCUCUUUCUUUCAUGUGUGUUCUCAUCUUAGUUGAUAUUCUAAUA